GCCCACUGCUGGAAGACUGGGACAUCAUCAGUCCAAAGGAUGUGAUUGGCUCAGACGCUGUGACUCCAGAGAGAAGGUCCAUCGCAGCGACAGCUCUCCCCCUCACACAGUCCAUCAUCUCUCAGGUGGGCCGAACGAUCUCAAAGGUGCAGCAGGUGCUGAGCUGGUCGAGUGGCGAGGAGGUAGUGAGACCGUUUAAGCCGCCUCUCAGUGACGCAGAGUUCCAUACGUUCCUCAACCACCAGGGGCAGCUUUGUAGGCCCGAGGAACUCCGGCUCCGAAUCUACCACGGGGGGGUGGAGCCAGCUCUGCGUAAGGUAUGGCAGGCUCUCUGUCUGUCCGUCCGUCCGUCUGCGUCGCCCUCGGCACCUCAUACCUCCCCCUCCCCCCCCCCCCCCCCCCCCCCUCCCGGGACGUGUUUACACAGGGAUCAGGGCACAGCCCCGGGACGUUUACACACGGAUCGGGACAGAGCCCCGGGACGUGUUUACACACGGAUCGGGACACAGCCCCGGGACGUGUUUACACAGGGAUUGGGGCACAGCCCCGGGACGUGUUUACACAGGGAACGGGGCAGAGCCCCGGGACGUUUACACACGGAUCGGGACACCGGCCCGGGACGUGUUUACACAGGGAUCGGGGCACAGCCCCGGGACGUGUUUACACAGGGAACGGGGCAGAGCCCCGGGACGUUUACACACGGAUCGGGACACCGGCCCGGGACGUGUUUACACAGGGAUCGGGGCACAGCCCCGGGACGUGUUUACACAGGGAACGGGGCAGAGCCCCGGGACGUUUACACACGGAUCGGGACACCGGCCCGGGACGUGUUUACACAGGGAUCGGGGCACAGCCCCGGGACGUGUUUACACAGGGAACGGGGCAGAGCCCCGGGACGUUUACACACGGAUCGGGACACAGGCCCGGGACGUGUUUACACAGGGAUCGCGGAUCAGCCCCGGGACGGUCUCCCAGUCGGAGGAAGGGCAGAGGGUACUGGGAUUGAGGGUCUCCCAGUCGGAGGAAGGGCGGAGGGUGCUGGGAUUGAGGGUCUCCCGCUCGGAGGAAGGGCAGAGGGUCCUGGGAUUGAGGGUCUCCCAGUCGGAGGAAGGGCGGAGGGUGCUGGGAUUGAGGGUCUCCCAGUCGGAGGAGUGGACGAGGGUCCUGGGAGGGAGGGUGCCCCGAUCGAGGUCGGGGACGAGGGUCCUGUGCCCGCGUUGCCCCCUCCUCAGGAGUUUGGGCACGGGAACCCAUUUGUGUUGUUCCUGUGCCUGGCCUUGCUGCUGGAACACCGGGAGCUGAUCCUGCACAGCCAACUGGAUUACAACGAGCUGGCGAUGCACUUUGACCGCCUCGUGCGUAGGCAGAAUCUACAGCGAGUACUGCACCGUGCCAAGACCCUUUUCGCAAACUACCUCCAGUCCGAGGUCUGGGACUCCCAGGACAGAGCAGCCACUGCUACCACCCCAGACUCAGACCCAGACCCGCCGAUCUCCUCCUGACCCCCCCCCCCCACCAUCCACCACGACCAAACCCCACCCUCCAAUCCUCUGCGGGAUGGGCCUCGGGACCUCACACACACCACGCCUGGCCCACCCCAGGGGGUGGAGAGCGUCUUUUCUUUCGGCAUGACCUUCCACCCUCCGGCCCCCUGCCUGUGACCUCCAGACCAAGGGGUGAGGUCUGACCUUCGACCCCCACCACCCGCCCCUGUCUGUGACCUUCAGGACAAGGUGACCUAUGACCAAGCAAGGGGGUGGGAGGGGAGGCGAGGUCUGCAGAGGGCAGAGUGCGUGAAUGGGGCACAUGGGGGGGUGGGGGUUGAUUGUUUCACAGCCAGGCGCUGCCUCUAGACUCGACGCCUCUGGUCGGUUCACCCUGGGGGAUGUUCUGAUUGGAGUACAUGGCGGGGGGGGGGCACAGUGCUGGACCGCCCCCAGACUCUGUUCUCCUGAACGCUCAGAAACCUCCCCCCUCCCCCGCCAACCCCUGU